CAUGGACGAGAAGGUGUUCACCAAGGAGCUGGACCAGUGGAUCGAGCAGCUGAACGAGUGCAAGCAGCUGUCCGAGUCCCAGGUCAAGAGCCUCUGCGAGAAGGCUAAAGAAAUCCUGACAAAAGAAUCCAACGUGCAAGAGGUUCGAUGUCCAGUCACCGUCUGUGGAGAUGUACAUGGGCAAUUUCAUGAUCUCAUGGAACUGUUUAGAAUUGGUGGCAAAUCACCAGACACAAACUACUUGUUUAUGGGAGAUUAUGUUGACAGAGGAUAUUACUCAGUUGAAACAGUUACUCUGCUUGUAGCUCUUAAGGUUCGUUACCGUGAACGCAUCACCAUUCUUCGAGGAAAUCAUGAGAGCAGACAGAUCACACAAGUAUAUGGUUUCUAUGAUGAGUGUUUAAGGAAAUAUGGAAAUGCAAAUGUUUGGAAAUACUUUACAGAUCUUUUUGACUAUCUUCCUCUCACUGCCUUGGUUGAUGGGCAGAUAUUCUGUCUACAUGGUGGCCUCUCACCAUCCAUAGAUACACUGGAUCACAUCAGAGCACUUGAUCGCCUACAAGAAGUUCCUCAUGAGGGUCCAAUGUGUGACUUGCUGUGGUCAGAUCCAGAUGAUCGUGGUGGUUGGGGUAUAUCUCCUAGAGGAGCUGGUUAUACCUUUGGGCAAGACAUUUCUGAAACAUUUAAUCAUGCCAAUGGCCUCACAUUGGUGUCCAGAGCUCACCAGCUGGUGAUGGAGGGAUAUAACUGGUGCCACGACCGGAAUGUAGUAACGAUUUUCAGUGCUCCAAACUAUUGUUAUCGUUGUGGUAAUCAAGCUGCAAUCAUGGAACUUGAUGAUACUCUAAAAUACUCUUUCUUGCAGUUUGACCCAGCACCUCGCAGAGGCGAGCCACAUGUUACUCGUCGUACCCCAGACUACUUCCUGUAA